AUAACCUCGUCAACGUUUCCAACGCAGUCUACAGAACAGAGGCGUCUGCUGUCGAGAGUAGAUCGGUCACCUUUCUCGGGGAAAGAUGGCUGCGAAGAGGAUCGCAAAGUCCGCUUUCAACUGGACCGCCCUCGCUGAAAGGGUCCCAGAAGAGCAACAGCACCUGUACCAAGCUUUCAAAGCCAAAUCUGAUGGAUACCUACGAAAGGUCUUCAGCUACCCGGAGAACCCGCCGCCGAUCGAUUUCGCCAUGUACAGGUCCCGUCUUUCCAACCCGGCCCUAGUCGACCAGUUCGAGAAAUCGUACAAGAGCUUUACAGUGCCAUUCCCGAAAGAGCACCUCACUCCCCAGAUCGAUGCUGAGGAGAGGCAAGCUAAAGACGAGGUGGAAGGCUUUAUCCGGGAAUCGAAGGAACGGAUUGAAGGGUUCAAGCAAGAGCUGCUGAAGUUCCAGGCAAUGAUUCCGGCGGCCCACAUGACCUUGGAGGACUACGCUGACUACUUCCCGGAGCAUGCGCUGAAUGUGGACAAGCCGACGUACUGGCCGCACGACGGAGUCUUCGAGGAGUACGAUAAGCUGCCCGACGAGCCGGGCCACCACUAGGCAGAGACAUCUUAGUCCUGGCAGACGAUGCCCCCUCCGCGCGUCUGCAAAGCUGAGAAAUAAAAAGUGUAGUUCUUUGUUUGGGAUUGA